GAUAGUGCACUAUAGUUAACGUUGAAUGAACACUGCCGGAGGGAGUUUAGUAUGUAUACAUAAAUGGUGGUAUUAGACUCUUAAAACAUGUUUGAAAACGGUUUUUAAGAGCUUGACUGACAUUUAUUCAGCCUGAUGGCUGAGGUGAAUUCGACCACCCACAAUGCUACGGAUGGCAUGCUACGCAAGGGCCAGUUUGAUGUUCACAGUGUUCACCCUCGGGCCGCAUACUCUGCACUGGUCAUCCUCACCUUCAGCGUCCUUGGCAAUGGCUUGGUUGUGGCUGCGUUCAUUAGGGACCGAAGGCUGCGUGUGGUGUUCAAUACCUUCGUUGUCACUUUAGCCAUCGCUGAUAUAGUCAUGAGUGUUGUGCUCAUAUCAGAAGUAGUCGGCAUCUCGGUAAACCAAAUGUUUUUAACAGACUCCACAAUACUUUGCAGGUUCUUUAGUAUCCUGGUCAAUGCCAUCCCCACAGAGCAGCUGAUUAUAACUCACAUGAUGUGUAAUGAUCGACACAAGGCCUUCCUUCGCAGGCUGGCCUACUCCCAGCUCCGUCAGCUGUACAGUGAGCCACUUAGACUGGCAGUGACCUGGGCUUUCAGCUUUACAGCAAGCUGCCUAAUAACAGAUAUUGUGAUUGUCCUUCAUCAUGGCAAGUUUACAUUGUGUUAUAUCCAAGAACGACCACUCUAUGUCAGUCAGAUGGCGUUUGUUCACGCCUUUCUCUUGCUCCUGCUAUUACUCUCAUUGAUCUACGUCAUUGUGGACUUCAGGAAACACAAACUGAAAAAAACGUACUCACUUGGAUUAACUCCAGACCUAGAGCCUACAUUAGGUGGCUACAUCGACAAUAAAACAUCUUCACAGUGUCUCAUACCAAGGAGCCCAGUUCCCAUCUACAGAGACGAAGACAUUCCCACAAGUCCAGAUAGGACGUAUCAACCGAAAGUACUUAAAGAGGAUACAAUUAAUAGUGGAGACUGCAAAUCUCCCAAAGAUGUGAAGAAGUUAAGGGCUGCUAACUCUUCCUAUGAUAUGUCACCACCUACGUUUUUAGCCAUGCCAUAUGCGAACACUGUUCAGUUGGAAGUAGUGCAAGAGAACACAACUGAUCCAUACGUGCAGCACAUAGGCAGCCACAGAACUCACUACAAGAUACUGGAGAUCCAGAACAACAGUGACGGUGUUCUGCCCAUUGUUUCAGAAAACGGAAGACCCAACCUGGCUGCAAGUGCUCGUGCUUCCAGGACGGAGAAGAGAUUGGGAGCAAGAAGGUCAGGAGUCUUUGAUCGCUGCAAAAGUGAAACCCGAAGAAGCGUUCGCAUUCUAGAUGCCUAUGCCGAAAAAAAUGCUGGUGCUAAAAGGAUAGAGUCGGAGACAAAAGGGUCUGAAAAGUUGGAAGUGGAGGCUUCAUCUAACAGCCAAGAUGAAUGGUCGCACUCAUCUUGUUCAUUCUCAGAGGAAGAGCCAACUGACAUCCCAAUGCCGAGGUUCAAGCCAAGAACAGAUUCACUCUACACUCUACGCUCUUGUAUGAGCAUCACAGAAGAAGCGACAAACUUAGAUGCCACCAAUUCGCUGGAGUUAACCGCUAACGCUGACGACCUAGAGGCUGUUGAUAAGGAAUUUAAAAACGCGUCAGGUCUUUAUCUAACUUUUCUUGACUCGUGUGGUACGACAUUAGAUAACAACCAGAGCAUAGAUACGACAAAACCGGAUGCCAAAAGGCAAAACAUUUUCAAACCGUUUGAUUCCUCAAAGAGCUUUGACCAACUGCCAAUAUUGCAAAAUGCCUCUUCCGAGGUUAUCACUGAACUUGAAGGGUUGACAAGUUGUAAUGUCAAAGGGACCUCUUGUAGUCAACUUCCUACUAAACUACGGAAGCUAACAGAAGACAAAAUGGAGGCGAAUUCAAUACUUUGGGAUGCAGGGAAUAGAUGCAACAAUUAUUUUGGUACUCAAAGUGAAUUAAAACCUACUAGUUCUUCGGCAGAUGUUAGCUUUGAACUGUCCACCAUGCACAACGAGGACAGAGUGGCGACUCAGGACACAUUUGAACACGCUAAAAGCAACAUUACUACCUUAUUACCAACUUCGGAAACUGAAGUUCCGGGAAAUAAAGUAGUGGAUGUUCAGCAUCGAUCUUCUUCCAACAUGCCAAUCGAUAUUGACGUGGCAACUCGUGAUUGGAUAACUUUUUACAAUAUCCGACAAACUCCAGAAGAACGAUUAGACGACAGCGCAGGAAGUUUGCCAUCUUGCUCCACAACGAGUCAAAUCUACGUAAAUUCAGCGGAAGUAGAACUAAACAAAGCAGAAAAAGUUUCAAAGAUAUCAGACGGUCAAAAGCUUUGUUUGACAGAUAUAUUUAAAGUUGAUGAUAACCAGACGGCAUCCAAGAUAUUGAACCCAGACAGCGAAAGUAAAAUAAAAGCCUCAGGUGAUAAUGUACGAGGCUGGUCACAAGUUAGUUGGAUGCAUGAAUCUCAGACUGAUGACAACGUAUCCGUUCAGAUAGCACACGAUCCAGAUGACAACGUAUCCGUUCAGAUAGCACACGAUCCAGAUGACAACGUAUCCGUUCAGAUAGCACACGAUCCAACGUUCGAUCAAGAAGAGAUAUUCGCAUCCUCUGAAGACAAGAACAUGGCCACAAAAAUUAUGUCUUCAUCGUCUGAUGGAAUCUUAGUCUCUGUAUCUAAAAAUACACCUGAUAGUUUCGCCAAAACGACGUCUGUCACAAGUCAGUGUCAAAUUGUAGACAGGGGUGAGAACCCAUUCGUAAUGAUUAAUCCUGAUAGUAAAUUAAAACAUGAUGGACCGCUCGUGGAGUGUAGCUAUAAGUUUUCGGAAGAACCGUCAGAGAAAUGUAUUUACAAGGUGAACAGAAAGCCUCGCAAUGAAGAUUGUAAACUUAAAACUAGACUAUCAGAAGAUUCUGUGUUAGAAGACGCAGGCAAAGAACUAUCAGAAAAUAACGCUGACUUGUUAGAUGAACUGGGCAAGAAGGUAUCGCCACAAGUCAACAUUUCUGAGGCACCGGAAAAGAAUGAGGUCAAGCUGACGCCUCUUCAGCUUUUGGAAAGCCUCAGCAUAUCAAAGAGAGCUUACCUGGCAGAGAUCGGUCUAUACCAUGAUAUUCUCAUGGGUCACGUGACCCUUGAUCCUAGUCUGAUACAGCCUGACCCUUGCCCACAGUGUCCGUACUGUCAGGACAAAGAAAAAAGCAUGUCUUCAGAGAGUCUCUCAGAGAUCUCAAGUUCAGAGGCUUCCUCCAUGGCAGACUUCUCUACUGGCACUACAGACAAACUAGCGAGACGUUCACUUCUGUAUGAAUCACAACGUACAAAAUGGAAACUUUUAGCAGACGCCUCCAGUAACAACACAAUGUUGCGGGAUGAUUGGCAGCCAUCUUCGAGUCCAUACUAUUCUAAAGAAACAGCAGGUAUUGACAGCUGGUGUACGGCCUCCUCCCGAUGCCCGGUAUUCGCCAUUGACAUGCCUGACCACUUCAGAAUUCGAAGAAGUACAGGCUACAGCAACUGGACACCUGCGCUAAAGAAAGCCAAGAAAUUAUUAAGUUUUGAGAUGGUCAAAUCCUACGAUCCAGAACUGAGCAUACUGGUCAGUUUGCUACUAGUGAUAGUUUUACAGCUGAUGUGUUGGCUGCCCAUCACAUGCCUGUAUAUCUACUACAACAUCUCCCACUUCCCUGGCUCAAUGGGCGCUCCAGAGAUGCACUACAUUUUGUUGUGGUGCACCAGAAUGGCCCUCCAGCCCAUCGUCUAUGCUUACUACUCCAGGGGCUUUCGUAUGAAUUUUAUUUAUUUCCUUAGUUGCAGCUUUUAUAAUUCCACAAAAUAAAAAAGUUCCUUCAAGUUACAA